AGACUAUCCUCUCUGAUGGAUCGAUAGUCAUUCCUCAAUAGAAAGUCUCUUCCCGUCUGCACCGGGUGGAAGCAGCCUGCUAUCCGAAGGGAAAUGGUGCUCAUCCAAUAGCAGGCGGCCUGGCUCUCGAUUCCCUCGCGGUAGCGAUGGCCUGCGGCGGUGGACCUUGCGCCUACAUCACGCUGAUCCGGCAUGGGGAGACGCUGGCAAACCACAUGCGACUGCUGCAGGGCCAUUCCGACUCGCCGCUGACUGUGCACGGUACUUCCCAAAUCGAAGCGUUGGGACGCUACUGGGGAGCGCGGCAGAAGGGAGAACAAUGCCCGUCAGAUGGAGGGCCGUCACAGACAUUAGAGCCGCCCAUCACCUUACUAGUAGCUAGCCCAGUUGGGCGAGCGAACAAAACCGCCGAUGCGAUCGCGCGGAACUGCAUUGACCUCGAUGUACAUGCCAGUGACAUCAAAAUGAGCAACGAUGACGCAGAUUUACCAACAGCUUCGCGUUCGUCCUUCGAUCCAGAUUUCGAAGCAGCCCUUUUGCAGGAGAUCGGAAAGGCGACCCUAGACCCAGCUUCGCUAAGCUACUGUCUCGACGCUGGACUGGCUGAACGCGAUUUCGGCUACAUGGAGAGCACAAGAGGUGGAAUCUAUGUCCCUUAUCAGCAAUCUUCGGGUAACAUUAGCAAUGGCGCCGUCUACAACAAGCGAGGGAAAGGGAAUGGCGAGACGAAGGCCGUCUUCGAACAGCGCGUCAAGAAUGUUGGCAGACGGUGGAUCCAGCUGGCAUCGAAAGCUGCAGUCCUUUCCGGGGACAGCGGUAAGCCUUCUGUCGCUUCGAGUCGAGGAACAGACCGCAGUGCCACUGCAGGGCCAGUGCACGUCGUGCUCGUCACACAUGGCCUGUGGCUCAAGACAUUUCUAGCGCUCUUCCUAGGCGCCAACACGCAGCCCCCCUUUGCAGCCAACACGGGCUUCUUCACCCUCGAGCUCCGUGCUCCACGGCUAUUUUUUCGUAUGGAGAAGGGGUCGAUCCUAGAAUCCUCUCGCGAAGUGCACAAUAGGGACAAGAGUUCCACCGUUACACGCAGGGAAGUGGCGCGUGCUGAGCCGAACGCGGCACGGCCGGACCGGAUAAGCCUCUUGCCAGGCCUCCAGCUCAUAAGCAAAGACCAGACGCCUCAUCUUGCCGGUGUGAAGAGGCAGUGUGGUGGGGCCGGCAGCAUCGCAGAAGACAGAAGCCAGUCCAAGCUGCAGUCCUUCUUCGGUUCUUCUCCUAGCAAGAAGCGGAAAGAAGUAUCGCCGGACUGAUUAUUCUAAUUUAUUGCUUUGACAAAAUUCACUUGGGAUCGAACUCGACUACAGCGUCAUAGAAUUCCUUGAUCAACCUCUUUUGCGCGGCUCUGCCCGACUCUUGCGGCGUGUCCCCGAUCGCGCGAAUGCUGAGAUACUUGCGGCCCAUCAGCACCUCAGGAGGCACAGUUCCAAACAUCGAGUCUGACGCUAGCGCUUUGGAUGUCCAAGCCUUGCUUCCGACAGUGACGCCGCCCGCUUCACGCAGGAUGGCAGUGCCUCCGUGUCGGAAGAGAGUGUCUCUGUCAGACUUAAAAGCCUCCUCGAGCGCAAGUUGAGCGAUCUGCUAAGAGCUCACCUGCGCAUUGGUCCCACGACCAUGUGCCGAUCUCGUAGUAGACGUCGAUGCUACCGG